CGCCAUUCAGAGAACAGCGUCCUUCAAGUCUUUGUAUGCGAAAGUUCAUGUCUUUUGCUUGGAGUCCUGACUGCCCAGAAUCGCCCAGACGGGCCAAGUAUCGUCGACAAUGUCCACGAAUGAAUGGAAUGCAGUGUUGCACACGCAUCCGGGGGUCUACUGGCGACUGAUAUAUUAGAGCAUGUCCGAUCUGCCAUCGUUUGGUUUCUCCUCAGUUCAUCAGUGUGCGACUCGACUCAGCUCUAUACCAUUCAAGUGACUUUCCUUCCAAGAUGGGUCUCCUCCAGAAAAUCGUCAAAAAUGAUGCGAUGAAAGAGGAUCCACCAGAGAUUUAUGGUUGGAGAGUCUAUUUCUUGGCCUUCUCAGCUUGUUUUGGUGGCAUGCUGUUUGGUUUCGACAGUGGCAUCAUUGGCGGUGUUCUUACUCUUCCCGCAUUCAAAGCUAAAUACAAUCUGGACAAAGCUACACCCAUUGAAAGAGCCAAUCUACAAGCCAACAUUGUCUCGACGUUACAAUGUGGCUGUUUCGUCGGUGCCUUGGUCGCCUCAUACAUUGCCGACAAACUGGGUAGACGCAAGGCACUUCUCAUGGCUGGUGUCAUUGUUACAGUUGGCAGUGUCUUCCAGGCUGCAGCUGACGGCCAUAUUGCUCUCAUGUACGUUGGCCGUCUGAUCGCUGGAUUCGGUGUCGGAGAAGCGUCAAUGGUCACUCCUCUAUACAUUUCUGAGAACGCACCUCGAGCCAUUCGUGGAGGACUCACUGGUAUUUAUCAGCUCUUCAUUGCUACCGGAACUAUGCUUGCCUUCUGGACAAAUUACGGUUGCAACAAACAUCUAUCUGGCCAGACGACGUACAUUGUACCUUUGACUAUGCAAGCUCUACCAGCAAUCUUGCUUUUUGCAUCAAUGUUCUACUGUAAGGAGUCUCCAAGAUGGCUCGCUCGCAAAGACCGCUGGGAUGAGGCCUCUGCUGUUCUGUCCAGAGUCAGAGCAUUACCCUCUACUCACCCCUAUGUUCAGAUGGAGCUUCGCGAGAUGCAAGAGCAGCUGGACCAUGAGAGAGCUCUGAUCGGAGGUGCUUCUUUCAAGGACUUGAUGAGAGAGAUGUGGACUAUUCCCGGAAACAGAAAGAGAGCCAUCAUCACCAUCUGGCUCAUGAUCACGCAACAGAUGACUGGUACCAACGCAAUCAACUACUAUUCUCCUCAAAUCUUCAUCAAUGUCGGACUAUCGGGAACGGAUGCUGGGCUCUUUGCGACUGGUAUCUAUGGCGUUGUCAAAAUGACCAUGUGCGCUUGUUUCUUGGUAUUUGCAGCCGACUCUCUCGGUCGUCGCAGGUCUCUUCUCUGGACUUCAAUUGCCAUGGGUUGCUCCAUGCUGUACGUUGGCCUUUACGUUCGCAUCAAGCCCCCGGUCAAGGGUGCCGAUAUUCCUCCAGCCGGAUACAUGGCUCUUGUCUGCAUCUAUCUCUUCGCUGGCUUCUUCCAAUGGGGCUGGGGUCCUGUCCCUUGGAUCUACAUCUCUGAAAUCCCCACCGCCAGAUUGCGUAGUGUCAACGUCGCUCUGGGCGCUUCCACACAAUGGCUCUUCAAUCUCGUGGUGGCUCGAGCAGUGCCCAACAUGCUCGCCACAAUGGGCAAAGCAGGCUAUGGUACCUUCAUCUUCUUUGCCACUGCUUGUUUCCUCUCUUUCAUCUUCGCCUGGUUCUUUAUUCCCGAGACCAAGGGCCUCUCGCUCGAGAAGAUGGACGACCUCUUCGGUGUCACCGAGUUGGCCAAGAAGAUGGACGACGACGAGGGUGCUCAUGAUGUGACACCCCCUAAGGACUUUGAGAAGACUCAGCAUGUCGAGGUCUCGCAGGUCAACAACACUGCUAAGCACUGAAUACUAGGGGAGACAGAAGAGUUGGAAACGAGAUGAUGGAUACAAUGGG